GAGUGUCGCCAUUGAACUGAUCCCGGAGCAGUUGUUUGUCAUUCGUUAGUUGUACGAGCAAGGCAGAUGCUGAUCAGAUAGGCUGGUUCUGGGUUAAGGAGCAGGAGAGACUCGCCCCGGCGACCGAGCGUAAAAACUAAAAAUGUUGGUUGCGUUAUAGUGGACUUGUAUAGGAUGAACAAAUGGUGUGAUUCAGAAAGGCGCUAAAUAUAACAAGGAACUGAUGUGCGCUUUACGUCGUUUGCACCAAGCUGAAAGUUAUCAUGAUCAGCUGGGUGUGCAACUUUGCCUGACGUCAUUUUCUGUAGCACGCAAAUUGACGCCCCUGGAACAACUGUCUUGGCUGGAGCCGCCGGCCAGGAGCCCGAUCGCAACCACGGAUGUGCCCAUGGCAGCUGUUACCCAGCAACGGGGGACCUGCUGGUCGGACGUGAGAAAAACCUGAAGGCCUCGUCUACGUGUGGGAUGAGGAGGAAGGAGCCCUACUGCAUUGUCAGCCACCUGCAGGACGAGAAGAAAUGUUUCGACUGUGACUCCAGAAGGCCUUAUGACCCCAUCUACAACACCAUCAAUCACCGCAUCGAGAACGUGAUCACCACCUUUAAGCCUCACCGCAAGAAGUCAUGGUGGCAGUCUGAGAACGGAAAGUCAAAUGUGUAUAUCCAACUGGACCUGGAGGCAGAGUUUCAUUUCACUCACCUCAUUAUGACCUUCAAGACUUUCCGUCCGGCGGCCAUGUUGAUUGAGCGCUCGGCCGAUUUUGGUCGCAACUGGCAGAUCUACCGUUAUUUUUCCCAUGACUGUGCUGCCAACUUUCCCGGCAUAUCCCAGGGUCCUUUACACAACAUCGACGACGUCAUCUGCGAAUCACGUUAUUCUGACAUCGAGCCGUCAACAGAGGGAGAGGUCAUCUACAGGGUGUUGGAUCCAGCCAUCAGGAUUGAGGAUCCAUACAGCCCAAACAUCCAGAACCAGCUGAAAAUCACCAACUUGAGGGUCAACUUCACUAAACUUCACACACUGGGAGACAACCUGCUGGAUCCGAGACCUGAAAUCAAAGAAAAGUAUUACUACGCCAUGUAUGAGCUGGUUGUGCGUGGAAACUGCUUUUGCUACGGCCACGCUUCAGAGUGCGCCCCAAUUGAUGGAAUCAGGGAUGAUAUAGAAGGAAUGGUUCAUGGCAAGUGUGUGUGUAACCACAACACCAGGGGUCUGAACUGUGAGCGCUGUGAGGAUUUCUAUAACGAAAAGCCUUGGAGACCUGCGGAAGGCAGCAACACCAACGCAUGCAAAAAGUGCAAUUGCAAUAGUCACUCAUCAGUUUGCCAUUUUGACAUGGCAGUCUAUUUGGCCACGGGCAACGUCAGUGGAGGAGUUUGCGAUGACUGUCAGCACAACACGAUGGGCCGAAACUGUGAAUUGUGCAAGCCCUUUUACUACAAAGAACCCCUUAAAGACAUCCGGGACCCUCGGGUAUGCAUUGCUUGUGACUGCGAUCCAGAAGGUUCUGAGAACGGAGGGAUGUGCGACAGCCACACAGCGCCGACACUGGGCAUGGUGGCUGGCCAGUGUCGCUGUAAAGCCAACGUCGAGGGCCAACGCUGUGACAAGUGUAGAACCGGGUACUUUGGCCUGAGUGCUGAUAACCCUCAGGGUUGCCAGUCUUGCCGGUGUGACCACAGGGGAACGGUGGCGGGCAGCACCCAGUGUGACCCAGUUAGUGGAGACUGCUUCUGCAAACGUCUUGUCACUGGACGAAGCUGUGACCAGUGUCUGCCAGAACACUGGGGCCUGAGUCUCGACUUGAAUGGCUGCCGAGGAUGUGAAUGUGACAUCGGAGCUGCUCUCGAUAACCACUGCUCCAUGGAUAGUGGCCAGUGUCGGUGCCGCAGUCACAUGACCGGACGCCAAUGUACACAGGUGGAGUCUGGGUAUUUCUUCAUGGCUUUGGAUCACUUCUUGUAUGAAGCUGAGUUGGCCAAAAUGGGUCAGGGAUGUACAUUGGAGACCAGGGAACACCACCAAGGUCGUCCGGCCACAUGGACGGGUAUUGGGUUUGCCCAUGUACCUGAAGGUGGCACUCUUGAGUUCAUCAUCACCAACGUUCCUUAUUCCAUGGAGUAUGACCUGCUCAUCCGCUAUGAGUCACAGAUGCCCCGAGACUGGGAAGAGGUACGAAUAACAGUGAUACGACCUGGUCCAAUUCCAACAAGCAGCCCAUGUGGAAACACAAUCCCAGAUGAUGACAAACUUGUUGUCGCCCUGGCGGCUGGGGCCAGGUUCAUGGUUCCUCCUCAGCCUGUGUGUUUGGAGAGAGGUGUUACGUACACCAUCCGCUUCGAGUUCAGGCGCUAUCAGGAUGCCAAUGCUGUCCUUAAUGGAGCAGCCAAUGCUGUCCUCCUUGUGGACUCUAUUGCUUUGAUGCCUCGUCACUCUUCCAUUGAGAUCUUUAAUGCCGGGGAUCUGGCCUCUAGCAACAGGAAGCAGACCUACGAGCGGUACCGUUGCCACGAAGGAGCGAAGAGCGUGACCCGCCCAUCCAUGAGUGAUACCUGUGCCAAGAUGAUCACAACCAUGUCGGCUGUUAUUAAUGACGGGGCUUUGCCUUGCAACUGUGACCCCCAGGGAUCUAUCAGCUCUGUGUGCGAUGUCCGUGGGGGUCAGUGUCGUUGCAGACCCAACGUCAUUGGUCGGCGGUGUGAACAGUGUGCCCCGGGAACUUAUGGCUUUGGACCUUCAGGCUGCAUAGCCUGCGGUUGCAGCGUGGAAGGCUCAGUCACUCGGCUGUGUGACAAAUACACGGGGCUGUGUCAGUGUCGGCCCGGAGCAUUUGGCCAGCAGUGCGACAGAUGCCAGGCAGGUCAUUGGGGCUUCCCCAACUGCCGCCCCUGCCAGUGCAACAACCACGCCGACGAGUGUGACCAGAGGAACGGUGCAUGUAUUAACUGCAGGGACAACACCGGAGGAGACAAUUGCGACAGGUGUGCAAAUGGUUACCAUGGUAACCCAAUACUGGGCGUAACACCCGGGGCCUGGUGUCGUCCAUGCCCGUGUCCAGACGGCCCAGCCAGCGGACGUCACUUUGCAGCAUCUUGUUAUCAGGACAACCGCAACCGGCAAAUUGUCUGCAACUGUAACCAUGGAUACACAGGUACCCGAUGUGAGCAUUGUGCUCCUGGUUACUAUGGCAACCCUUCUCAGCCAGGUGGGCGGUGCCAGCCGUGCCAGUGCAACAAUAACAUAGACAUGUCUGAUAUUGACGCGUGCGACCGACGAAUCGGAGAGUGCAGAAAGUGCCUUUACAAUACAGAAGGACCCAACUGUGGCAUCUGCAAAAGCGGCUAUUUCGGCGAUGCUACAAGGCGCAACUGCAGGAAAUGUGUUUGUAACUUCCUGGGUACGGAGCGUAGCCAGUGUAUGGAACGUGAUGACUGCGUGUGCCAGCGGAAUACAGGCCAGUGCCAAUGUGUACCAAAUGUCAUUGGUCAGACGUGCGACCACUGUUCCCCUGGACACUGGAACCUGGCGAGUGGCAAAGGAUGUGAACCCUGCGGUUGUGACCCCCACAAUUCAGUCACCUCAACGUGUAACGAGUUUACUGGGCAGUGUCAAUGCCGUGAUGGGUUUGGUGGGAAGACCUGCACAGAUUGUCAGGAGAACUACUGGGGAGACCCUCGGACACAGUGCAGAGCUUGUGACUGUGACUGGCGAGGCAUUGAGACCUCUCAGUGCAACCGUGUGACAGGUCACUGUGUAUGCCAGCAGGGGGUGUCUGGUGUCCGCUGUGACCAGUGUGCCCGAGGUUUCUCGGGUCUCUUCCCCAACUGCCAGCCCUGCCAUCAAUGCUUUGGGGACUGGGACCGCAUUGUCCAGGACCUGGCGGUGCGCACCAGGGCUUUGGCUGAGCGUGCCCAUGAGAUUCAGACUACUGGCCUUACCGGGGCUUAUGAGAAGACUUUUAGGGAUCUUGAAGAGAAACUGGCCCAAGCUCAAACCAUCGUCAACUCACGUAACCUCACUGCUGCAACCAUUAGCACUCUGAUGGAACUUAUUGAACAUCUUAGAUCUCAAAUUGGGGAGACCACUGACACAUUGAACCGUCUAGAAGGAGAUCUGACUGUCGUCCAGGACAGCAACUCAGAGGCAAGCAAGGAGCUGAGUGCUCUUGAGCGAGAGGCCAGAGAACUCAAUCUGACUUCAGAGCAGCUCCAUCACCAGCUCAAUGUGCUAAAAAACUCAAAUUUCCGAGGCGCGUACGACAGCAUUCGUGCCUCUUACAACAAGUCUAGGGACGCUGAGCGCCGUGCUAAUGAAUCAACUGUGAACAGGCCCAGCACGGUCAGCCAAUCGGCCGACACCCGCCGUCACACCGAACGCCUCAUCUCCGCCAAGAAGGAUGACUUCAACCGCAAAAAUGCCGCCAACAAGCGCUCACUGGCAGAACUCAAGACCAAAGUUCAGGAUCUGGAUAUGCAGAAGAUCAAUGAGAAGGUUUGCGGUGCCACAAGCGACGCUCCCUGUGCGGAAAGCCCUUGUGGAGGUGCAGGUUGCCGAGACGACGAAGGGAACCGUCACUGCGGAGGCCUGAACUGCAAUGGUGCUUUAUCAGCCGCUGAUAAUGCUUUGGAGAGAGCCAAGCAUGCAGAGAAGCAGCUCAACAAAGCUAUGGGAGAAGUGGAGGGACUCGUCACCAAGGUGGCGGAGGCUAAAACAAAGGCAGAGGAGGCCAAGGGUAAAGCACAAGCAGCUCUCAACAAAGCCAAACGCACCAAGAACAAAAUGGAGCUCUCCAACAAUGACCUGCGAGACCUCAUCAAACAGAUCAGGGACUUCCUCAUGCAGGAAGGAGCAGACCCUGAACACAUUGAGGCCGUAGCGAACCGUGUGCUGGAGCUAUCCAUCCCUGCUUCUCCUCUCCAGAUCAGACAUCUCGUCGACGAAAUCAAAGAACGUGUCCGCAGCCUUUCCAGUGUAGAUGCCAUUCUGGCACAGACACAGGACGAUGUCCGUAAGGCAGAAAAACUACUGCUGGAUGCCAAGAGAGAAAGGCAUCAUGCUGAAGGUGUGAAGACCACAGCAGAAAAAGUGAAGCAGGCCUUGGUGGAUGCUAAGACUGCCCAAACGUCUGCAGAGAAGGCCAUCGCCAGAGCCAGAGCUGACAUUGAUGAGACUCAGACCCGCCUGGCACAGAUAGAAUCAGAAACAUCUAACGGUGAGAGGCAACUGAGAGAGGCUGUGGACCGUCUGGGCACGCUGGGUCGAGAGAUCAAUGGGCUGAAAACCAAACGCGCUAACAACAGCAUGGCAGCAGCCCGGGCUGAAGAGACUGCCACCAUGGCACGAGACAAAGCAAACGAAGCCAAGCAGAUUCUAGACGGACAGUUGACUGAUAAGUACCAUGAGUUGAAACAGCGUGUUGACACGAAGGCCAAAGCUGUACAAGAUGCCAAGACAAAGGCAGAGGGCCUCAGGGAUGAAGCCAAACAACUACUGCAAGAUGCCCAGAGCAAGUUGCAGAGACUAACAGAGCUGGAGAAAAACUAUGAAGAGAAUGAGAGACAGUUACAAGGGAAAGCUCGUCAGCUGGAUGGCUUGGAAGACAAAAUGAGAGCCAUCCUCAAUGACAUCAACAAACAAAUCCAAAUAUACAACACGUGCCAGUAGUAACCUCCACUUUACUCUUCUGCACACUGCAUGACAAGAUUGGAACAUAACUUUUCUGAGGAUAGCUGAGUGUGUGCAAGAUGUUGGUUUUCAUUUUUUUAAAGUCUGAAAUUGUAUGCUUGUAAAUGUUUGUAAUGAAUAUAAAAACGUGUGUAUAAUUUUAAUCACAAAUGUCAAUAAUCCAAAGAUAUGGGAUGCAAUAAUGUUACAUUAACUACUGAGUAUUUCUUUGUUUUAUUUGUUAGUGAUUUAGAGGCAGCUGGUUCAAUAAAUUGGCAGUUUAAUAUAAUCAUUACUCAACUCAUUUAACUUGUACACACUAGGUGCAAGGUGGAUAAGUUUUGAACUGAUUGAAACAAAACCGCAUUUCAAGCUCUUUUUUUGUGAAAAGGAAGCCAGUAAGGAAUGCCACAAACAUGCAUUAUUUUAACCAACUCUUCAGAAAUUACUUGUCACAAAACUUACCUCUUCAUUCUCUAAAAUUCAUGCUUUACAAAAUGUGACAAAAGCCCAAAACACAAAGGUAAAAAUAAUUAUGUAUUACAGUGCCUUAAUUUUGUGAAUAAAGAUUGGAAACAUG